AUGGAUUGGCAUCGCGUGCAGGUGAAGGGGAUUCUGGCCAACGGCUUGGUUUCUGUCUUCGAGUUGGACUAUGGCAAACAUGAGCUGGUCCGCAGCACUUUCCUCCGGCCUCUGAUCGAGGAAUUCAGACAGCUGCCCUUCCAGGCUAUCACUGCACAACUGGCAGGUACGACGCAGCGCCAGUGGUCGGAGGAGGCCUCCAUGUUGUUCAGGAACCACGUGGAGGACCGAGCGCUGGUCGCCCAGGUGGAGAGUGUGUGCGAGGUCAAAGGUGAGCUCUGGGAGCGGAGGUUGUCGGUUUACCUGGUGGACACUACAACUGAGGAGAGGGACCUGUGGAUUCACAGCCUCAUGGCCGACAUUGGCGGAGAGCUGUCGUCGGCUGCCUAGGACUUCUUAUCAUGCACCAUGGUAAACAAUUGUAUCUUUUCUGCUUCUUUACAAAUGGUGAACUUUGAAAGCCACAAGUUGGUUUCUCUGCCCUCGGUUUGUUUUCAGCGUUCUGGAUGGAUCUCCUAAUCAAAGACUUUGAAUAAGCACGUUUGAAUGUUUCUGUAUUAUUGUUAAGGGCCAUGUCAACGUGAGACAGGAGGGGAUUUUUGAGUUACCUAUAUGUUGCUUGUUUUGUCUUUGCACUAUUAAAUUCCACCAUCUGAUU